AUGGUCAAGGUCGAGGCCUAUCAUCACUUCCUCGUUGACAGAUCAACCGUUGUCCCCUGGACCUUCGAUCAAUCACUGGUGCCUCUGCCCUUUCAUACGAGGCGAACUAAGACAAGUGUCGCUCUCUUCAUUUCACUCUUUGCAUUCGCCCGAUUGUCACUUGACCACAAGUCGAAUGUGACUGGCGCGGCUGGCAAAAACGAGUAUGCCUGGGACUCGUUAGAAAAAUCGGCCCUCGAGUGUCAACGGAAAAGAGUUCUAGCGGAAGGCUGCUGUCUACUCAAGACCCCCAGUCCAUUGGAGACCAACUGGGAAGGCAUUUUCUCUAUAAGUGUUGUAUUCAUCCCAUUUCGUCUGAGGUGA